AUGGAUAAUUUAGAAGAAUCUAAUAAUGGUCCAGGGAGCAAAGAGAGCAAAGUUGAUAAUAAAAUUGAAUCUAAUGAGUCGAUUUUUUUUGAGGACCCUUUGGAAGUUACAAGUGGGGAAUAUGAAACAACUUCUAGUUUGAAAAAGAUCACAACCAAAACUGCCCCUGAUCUUCAUUAUUCAUCAAGAUGGAAAAUGUUAAGAGAACAUAUCUUGAUUGAGGAAAAUGUCCCACCUUCACCUCCUCAAUCUUCUGUAUUAACAGAUAAAGAAGAAGAUGAAACAGAAACAUCAAAGGUAAAGCGAGAAAAUAAUCAAAGUCGUCCUUUACGCGGAGUUUUACGAUUUAAAACAACAGUUCAACAGAGAACAGAAUCUAAUAAGAUGGAAAAAGAUAUUGAAAAACUUAUGUCACGUAAAUAUUCAAAUAAUACAUUACAUGGAACAACUGGAAGUACAGUUGGAACUAUAGGUCAUCAAGCUUCAUACUUCCAAAGGCUUGACAACUUCGGAGAUCGAGAUCAAGUUAAUUUCAUGUCGGAUCUUUUUAACAUAUUAAAACAAAAUAAACAUGUUAUCAGAUUACCGGAUAUGAAUGAAUGUAAUCAGGCUUUGGAUAUUUUUGAAUUCUUGAAAUCCACUUUUAGACCACUUGAUGAAAAUGAAAAUUUUGAAAGAAUACUUUGGUGUUGCAAAAUAUUAGAAACACGAAAUGUUCAAAUAAGGAGUCGAAUGUGUGGAAUUGUUGAAAAAUUUUUAAAUUCCACAGCCUCAAAUUCAUUUUUACCAACUUCAGUUCCUGCAAUUCAUUCUCUUAUAUAUACCUUUGUGCAUACCUUAGUUGUGACUUCAGUUGGCAUAGAAGGAACUGAAGAAUCCAUUCAAUUGUAUAAAAUGAUAAAAGGAUUUCUGGAAAGAUUAGCCGCUGGUACUUUAAUCUCCUUAGAUGAAGAGAUUUCUAUAGGCAAUACUAGAGUACAAAUUCAAAAAUACGAUAGUAUAGCGCGUUGUAUUUUUAUGGAAGGAUUAGUUAAAUGUCUUUUGGUUAAAGAUUUUCAAUUACGGAAAUAUGUGAUGGAAAAUCUUAUUUCAAAAUAUUGGAUAACUCCGGAUCCAACAAUGAAAAUUCUCUAUGAACAUGUUAUUCAAUUUUUUGCACAAGCCACUUUCGAAAUAUUAUCGGACCAAAAUUCUUUUAUCAAUGAUCUCGAAAAUGGUUCUCUUCCUUAUAUUAUUUUGCAUAUAUUAACUAAUAGACUUCCUGCAAACAGUCUUCAAGAUAUGUCUCCACACGUAGUACGUUCUCUCAUAAAAUUUGGUGGCAAAGAACAAUCUUCCGAUAAAGGAUCAUUGACUUCGUCCACCGAAAAUUUAUUAUUAAUUCCAGGAGUUCAAAAGCAAUCCGAUAAUGACGCUUUGAAACUUGCGAAAUUAUAUAUCGAAUCAUUUUGGAGUGAAGGGUGGAAAAAUGAAAUUAUUGAACUUUUAAAAGAAGCUUUUGAGCAAGAUAGUCUUGAAAGAAUUAUCACUAUAUUCGAACAAAUGGUGUUCGAUGUUAAUGAAGAAAUAGGGCGUGAAAUUGUUGCCGCAACUAUUUCUGACUUAUUUUCUAAAAUUGUGGAAUUGCAACCUGAAAAUUCUCGAAAUCUUAAGCAAUUACUAUUGACUCUAUCAUCUAAGUAUCGAACUGAAUUUUUUAAACCGAUGUUAGCAUGUGUGGCUUCUGAUUCGGAAUCAAAGGUUGCCGAACAACUGCAUUUAAUAACAACACUCAGAAAUUAUAUUAGUGGUAUCGAAUUAUUUAUGCAAGAUGCUGAAUUAAUGACUGUUAUUAUUCUGAGUGAUGUCAGUUCGGGCACAUCAAAAGAUGACAAGCAUCAAUCAAAACUUUCUACUACAAGUAAUGUAUCAAAAGUUUCUUGGGGUUCUACAACUCUUGGCCAAUGUGCUAUUAUUAUGGAAUUUUUAUGGACUGUACGCCAAUUACGAUUAUAUCAAUCAGAGGUAAUAAUCAAUUCGGGAUCUGCUUAUACCCAAAUAGAAAUAUAUGCUAAAAAGUUUUUGAAUGAACUGGAACUCCGUUUAGCAGUAUUUAUGACUGCAAAAGAGAAAACCAAAUUAAUACCAAUGCCUUUGCGUGUAUUACUCAGUAACUUAUUUUUCGAGAUUCGAUUAUAUUGUAAAACAACCAAUCGUCCAGGAUGGUUAUCAAAAAUGAUCGAUUGGUUAAUCCUUUCUGCUCCCGGGUCAGAAAUAUAUCAUGAUUCCGUGAUUAUUGGGGGAACGAUGGCCAAUUCAUCUGAAGAACUUGAUGUGAAUGAAGAUCAAUUAAAUGAAGUUGAAUUGAUAUUUCAAAGGGUAAAAGACGUUUACGAAAAGUUGGACGAUUGGACUUCGACUGAACUUGAAAGAAAAGAUGAUUUACCUGAUGGUCCAGUUCCUGCAAUUCCAAAAUCUAUGCCUAUUAUUUCAAUACCACAGAAAUCCAAAAAUUCAUUGGUUUCAUAUAAUAACAUAAGAAAACGUUAUUCUGUUUCCCCUUCACCAAAACCGAGUAUGCAUCAAUCUUCAUCAUUACCAGAAGGCAGCCGACUUUACUGGUUUAAUAAUUUCAAAGAUAAUUUAGCUGAUUCCAUUUUAGCGUUACUGGUGGCAAUAUAUUUAUCUUUAAUGAUAAAUGAAUAUACAAGACUUGGACCAUACAUAUGGAACAGAUUUUUAAAUGAUAGAGAACAUAAACAAUUCGUUUCUUCUGCAUUUUUGUUUAUACAAUGUGCUGAAAAAUCUCCAAAUGUCAUUAAAGAUUUAAUGAUGCGAGAUUUAUAUAGUACCAAUGCAUUAGUUCGUUCAAUGACUAUUCGCAAAAUUUCAUCUAUAUUUGGACACCGAAAUCAAUUAUUAUCACAACCAUACGUGUCCGAUUCAAGUCGUCGACGUCCUUUUCGUGCACAAGCUCCUCCUAUUUCCUUUGUUCCUACUGAACUUGGAAAUCAAUUUAUGAUGUCAUAUGAAUCAUCUAGAGCUCAUAAGGUGACAACCAAUGAUACAUUAUCAGCUGAUGUACGUAAAAGAAUACAAGAAUUUGGUUGGGAAGAUGAUGAUCCAAGUGAUCUAGAAUUGUUCAAACGAAUUGAGACACCUAUAUCUCUUUUACCAACAUUUUAUCUUGAUGAAGAGGAAUUUAAAAUUGCAGAAGAGUCCGCUGCUCAAGAAAAAAUAAGGAGGAAUGUACGUGGAGUAAAUAAUAAUGCAGCUUCCAAUAAUAAAUCACAACCAAGUUCAAGUAAACGAAGAGGAAUAUCAAUUCCAAUCUUAUGUUCAUUUUCUAUGCCACUAGUUGAUUUACUUGAUGAUGCACAUGGUGGAGUAUAUAACCUUACAAAAGAACUUAUUAUGUAUUUUCUCCGGGAUGACCCUUCUUUAUUUUUACGAAUUUUUUUUAGUGAUUUGGGUAUAAUGAAUGUCGAAAAACAGAAAGAAUUAAUUACUCGAAUUCGUUUUCUUAUAUCGAUGCAACAUUUAUUUCCCCCUAAUUUCACACAUAUUUUAUUUAAUCAUCUUGCUGGAAUAUUAAAAUGGUAUUCACGAGAUAACAAGGAAAAUGGUCUUGCACUAAUGACUUAUGUUAUACCAACUUUAGCCGAAAUGGUUCCAGCCAUAAAUAAUUUAUUAGUUCGUGAUUUUCGGAAAAAUAAGAUUGAACAUAUUAUAUGUAAUAAUGGACAAUUUUGGUUUUCGGAAGGAACACCUGUUACUAUGUUUCCUCGUAAUUUGACAGAUAAUCGAAUUAGAUUUCAUAUUUUAUCCGUACCUCUGGAAUUAUUUCAAGUUGCAAUACUUCGAAUUGGACAUAUACAUUUUAUGACUAAUUAUGUUGUAAAAUGUCCUCAUGAAGUAUAUUCCAUUAAAAAAAUGAUUCAUGCAUUUGCACCUUUUCCAUUAUCCGAUGAUUAUGGACAAUCAAAAUCAACAGAAAUGAAUAAUGAAGAAGAUCGAUUUUUACCAGAUAUAAAUAAAAGAGGAAAACGUAUUAGUGAAUUAAGUAAUAUGCAUUCACGAAAAAUAAAGGAUUAUAAAUUACUUUCAGCUUUACGAGCUCGCUCUUGGUUAAACUUUUUAUUAGAAUUUUUAAAAAGAUUAAAUACAAAUUAUAAUGAUCGUAAUGAAUUAAAUUUAUUUUUAAGUGGUGCAAAUGAUAUUUUAUUGGAACAUUCAGGGGAUUUUGGUAUUGUAGGUCAAACAUUAGUUUUAUAUAUGACAGUAGCAACAAAAUUUCGUAGAUUAUUUGAUACCAAUAGAGGAUAUUCAAUAUUUAUUCCCGCUUUAUUUAAAAUUUUUUGUGAAUUAGAAAAUAUUAAACCAAUAAGGUCAGCCAUAACAUUUACAUGGAUUAAAUUCUUUAAUGUACAUGGGGAAUCAUUCAUUUUUCAAGCUCUUGGAUGUUUAACACCAAUAAUAUUAAAAGGUUCAGCUAAAUCCACCACAACUGGAGAAUGGAUUUGUUCAUCUUUAUAUGAAUUAUUUAAAGCAUUAAAUUUUCCAGCGAAAUUUGUUGAUACAUUAGGAAUAUUUGAUAUUGUAGAUGAAUUAGAUACAUCAGAUUUUUUAAUAGUUGAAUCACCUUCAUUAUUAUUUAAUAAUACUAUUAAUAAUACAUUAACUUCAACAUUUGGAAAUAGUUUUUCGGGAAAAUUAAAGACCGGUUUAUUAGGAACACAUGGAGAUAAAAUCUUUUCAUUAGAUGAUUUAGUUAGAUUAUUUUUAACAAUUAUUGCAUAUGAUCCAGGUUCAUUAAGAGCGGAACAAUUUGUUCACAUUUUACAAUAUUUAAUUCCACAUCUUUUACAAGAAUCAUCAUCUGUUCGUUCAUUGGUAGUUGAAGGAAUUGCUGCAUUAAUAGAAGUAUUUCUUAAAUUUUCUAAAUCUUCUAAACCACUUUUGAGUUCAACCGGGAUUUCCGGUAGUGGAAUAAUUAAUAUUGAUACAACUGAAGGAAAUUUAGAUGUUAAUGAUACUACAUCAUUUAAUAUUCAAUGGAUAAAUGAUGCGACAACUCAAGCUUUUGGAAAGCAAUGGAAACAAAAUGAUCGAAUGAAAAUCAAAAGACAAUUUUUAACUUUAAUUCAAGUUUAUAAAUUACAUGAUGGAAUGUUAUCAGAUAAUAGUCAUAAUAAGAUGGCAAAUAUAAUUCGUUUAAUGAUUAAAGAUUAUUCAACUAUUAAAAUGCGAAUUUCUACGGGUUUUUUAAAAAAUUAUAUUCGGGAUGCAUUACUUUUUAAUACAACUUUUGAAGAUAGUAGAAAACCUUUAUUAUCAAUUUUACGUCAACUUUCAACAUCUUUUCGACAACAUUAUAAAUCAAUCGAUUUUUCGGGAUUAAUUGAAGGACUUGCAUUAAUUGUAACAAAUAAAUGUAGAUUUACAAUUAAUGAUCAUUCAAUGGCCAAUAUACUUAAAGAGAAAUUUAUAUCAUUUGGAUUUUCCGUUGUUUUAAAAUCUGAUUGGGGAGAAGAAGGAACGGAAGCAUUACAAUUAAGACUUUGUAAUAGUUUAAUUGAAUUAUUUGUUGCAAUGAUGACACAUUCUGAAUUAGAUAUGUUAUCAGAAAUUGAUAAAUAUUUACCAUCUCAUCAACUUAUGGCUUAUAUAAUCAUACCAAUAUGUCUUAAAUAUAAACCCGAAAAUGCCAUAUUUACACCAUUACCAUCUAAAUUUGAUCCACGCGAUGCAAAUGCCAAAAUUUGUUGGAAUAGACUUUUAGCAUAUGUUACCAAAGCAUGUAAUAAAGAUUUUAUGCAAAGGAAAAUUUCAAGAAAAAGUAGUUUUCGUUCAACGAAUGUACCUUUAAAUAAUGAAAUAAAUAAAGAUAUUGACGGUAGUGAAAUGGAAGUUCAACCUAAAAAAGUUAUGUCAACAUCCGAAUCAGCUGCCACAUUUAUAAUAAGUUUCACGGCACUAAAAAUUUUAUUAAUUCGGGCAGAAAAAUAUAUUACUCAAACUAAUGGUAUGUGGGUUCAUAUUGCUCAAUUUAUACGACAAAGUCUUGCAUCAUCGGGUAAAUUACGUACUGGAUUUUAUUCAAGUAAUUCUUCACCAAGUGCAAGUACCACGAAUUUUAAUACAAAUAUAGAAUCACGAAAUGAUAAUUUAGGAAUAUCUUUACAAAGUGAUAGAGUAUCAUUUUUAUCUCAAGGAAAUAAUAAUAAUUCACAUUUAUCAAAACCAUUUCCUACCACAGCACAUGAAUUUGUAUUGUGGACAUUUUUGGAAUUAAUUUUGUUUUAUAAAUUACCGAUCAAUUUAUAUUUGAGAACAUUUAUACACCAAAAACUUCAAAAUACAUCAUCCAUAAAUUCCACAAAUGUAAAUGGACCUCCAAUAGGAAUUCAACAAGCCUUAAAUAAAUCUUUAGAAAAAGAACCAAGUAUUAACGGAAGAAAUAAAUUUAGAAUAAACAAGAAUAAUCCAGGUUCACAUCACGGUGGUUAUAAUAGUGUAUUUAGUGGAGUUGGUAAUGGCACGCAUGCAAAUAAUUUAAUUAAUGAAACAUUUAAAGCUUAUUCAAAUGUUUGUACUUUAAUGGGUUAUCAAAAUAAUAAAAAUUCACAACAAGAAUUAGAGGCAUGGAGUUAUAGACAAGUAUUAGAAAAAUUAAGAGAAGAAACGAAACUUGUUUCGGAAGCAUUCAAAGGAACAUUUAAAGUAUCUGGAAAUGAUGAAACGGCGGGUAAUGGAAUUGACGGAUCUUCAAUUACAUCUAAUAUUCCAAUUUGUGGUUUUGAAUAA